UUUGUUGGUUAUAUUUCCUUUCCAUUUCUGUAACCCUUUUCUUUGCUGUUCUUUCAUGAGAUAUAUCAUAUAUUAUUAUUAUUAUUGACAUAGAAAAAGCCCAUUUGAAGCAACAUCCCGAGCUUUUCACUUCUUGAUCCAAAUUUCCCGUGUGUGUGUGUAUAUAUAUGUAAGGAAUAGUAUAGUUAAAGGGUACAGAAAAUGGACUGUUUUUAAAUCUUGGAAGACCCCACCUUUUCCAUUCAAGAUUUUUCUUCCUUUUUUUCUUGUAAAAAGAGUUUUUGUUUUUAAUCAUUCUUUCAUUUGAAGAAGCUCUUAUUAGCUUUCUUUCUGUUGUUUUUUCUCUUACAAGAGAAGGCUGACCAUUUCCUCUCGUUUCAUUCCCUUCAAUUUCGUUGGGUUUAUCCUCGCUGAUAAACCAAGUGACUGUAUUCUUGAUCUCAACCCAUCUUGUACUCUGUCUCUGCAUCAAUAAAUAUACCAAGAAUGUAUGGAGGCAGUGGGAUUCAGAGCAAGAGAGACCUGGAAAUAGAGUACCAGGCCCAGAUACCCAUAUUGAGGCCAAGCAUCCAUGCAAGAAGGGCGAAUAUGACUGUGAAAUUUCAAGAUCUGUAUGGUUUCACAGUUGAAGGAAAUGUUGAUGAUGUGAAUGUUCUGAAUGAGGUGAGAGAGAAGGUUAGGCAACAAGGGAGAGUUUGGUGGGCUUUGGAGGCCAGUAAAGGUGCCAAUUGGUAUUUGGAUGCACAUGUUUCCUCCACCCUUAAAUCUUCCCUCAAAUUUUCUACUUUGACCAAUGCCAUCACUCUCAAGAGGCUUAUCAGGAAGGGAAUCCCACCAAAUUUGAGGCCCAAAGUAUGGUUUACCUUAUCCGGUGCCGCCAAGAAGAAAUCCACCGUCCCUGAUAGCUAUUACAAUGAUUUGACCAGUGCUGUUGAGGACAAAGUUACCUCUGCAACCAAGCAGAUUGAUCAUGACCUCCCUCGAACUUUCCCCGGUCACCCGUGGUUGGACACUCCAGAGGGGCAUGCUGCUCUAAGGCGUGUUCUUGUUGGAUAUUCUUUCCGAGAUUCUGAUGUUGGUUAUUGCCAGGGUUUAAAUUAUGUUGCAGCUUUAUUGUUGCUUGUGAUGAAAACUGAAGAAGAGGCUUUCUGGAUGCUUGCUGUUCUCCUAGAAAAUGUGUUAGUUAAUGAUUGCUACACGAACAACUUGUCUGGAUGCCAUGUCGAACAGCGAGUGUUUAAAGAUCUUCUGACCAAAAAGUGCCCCAGGAUCGCUGCUCAUCUGGAAGCUUUAGAGUUUGAUGUUUCUCUUGUCUGCACAGAGUGGUUUUUAUGUUUAUUUUCUAAAAGCUUGCCAUCAGAGACAACACUGCGUGUAUGGGACGUUCUCUUCUACGAAGGAGCACAGGUUUUAUUUAAUGUAGCCUUAGCAAUUUUUAAGAUGAAUGAAAGGCAGUUGCUUACGACACAUCACGUAGGUGAUGUGAUUAAUGUUAUACAAAGAAGUACUCAUCACCUGUUCGAUCCUGAUGAAUUAUUAACCGUUGCUUUUGACAAGAUAGGGCUUAUGACGACCACAAAUAUAUCAAAGCAACGGAAAAAGCAGGAGCCAGCAGUGAUGGCAGAGCUUGAUCAGAGAAUAAGACGACUAAAUUCUGUAAAUGAGAGUGAGAAAUAGUGUGGAAUUGUUGGGAGAAAUAGCUUAAGACAUGUUUAAGGAUACCACCAACAUUAUCAUUUUCAUGGAACACUUGUAAUUGUAAAUUUUGAGUUGUGGAAUGCAUACUUAAUGCUUGGUAGUCUAA